AAUCAACUCGCCUCGCACAGAUUCAUAUAAAUGGAGCUCUACUAUAUCGCUUCUUCAAAAGUCUGUGCAGAGUGUUCCAUUUGAAUUUUCAUAUACUUUUGAACGCUUUGUCUGUUCUAUUAAUUGUAUUCCAUUUAAUUUUUGACUAUCAGAAUUUAACGAGAAGAAAUUUCAUAUUUAGAUAGUAACAAUUCAGAGGACACGGAACCAAGGCAGACUAGGCGAGCUGCAAAAAGGGCUGCUGAAAUAGAACAAGAAGAUAAGGGUUCGAUUAAAGGAUGUAUGACAAGACUGCAAGAUUUACUUACCGACAUCAGGCACCAUAGAGACUCGUGGCCUUUUCUGUCACCCGUUACAAAAGACGAAGUCCCGGAUUAUCACGAUAUUAUUACGAAUCCCAUGGAUUUCGGUACAAUUAAAUACAAACUCAACAAUGGAGAAUACGAAACAUUAGAACACUUUUUCAGCGAUUGUCAUUUAGUGUUUGAUAAUUGUCAAGCUUAUAAUGAAGAACAUAGUGCAGUUUAUAAUUACGUAUACAGAGCAGGUAUGAGGUUACUGAAGUACUGUGAGAAACGACGUAAAGAUCUCGGUCUGAAUUAUGAUGAGGAUGUGGUGCAGCCAUCGUAUGCAAAGAAACGAAGAUUGGAAGAAAAUGGAGUCGAUAGUAGCGGGGACGAAGAGAUGGAAGAACUCCAUAAGACAAGAUAGAAAUGGAGUAUAUAUUCCAAUAAUAUACUUAUUGGAUAUUACCUUUUUUAUUCCCGAUACGUAAAUUGGAUGUACCUUGAGAUUGUGUGCGGAUUUUUACACUCGUGUCGAGGACAGUGUACAAAUUCGUGUUACGGAAAAUGUUCUGUAAAUUAUAUAUUACCGAAAAGACUUCAUUCGCUAAGAAUUAGAAGAAUACUACAGAUAUAUGUAUAAUUGCAGGCUUGUCAUACGCAUUCAAAGUGUUUCUCUCUCUCUCUCUCUCUCUCUCUCUCUCUCUCUCUCUCUCUCUCAGCGUUAUUUAUCGAACAUGCCCCGAAUUAUUUUCUUAGGCUUGCUAAAAUAAAACAAGGAAAAAAACAUGCACAGUAUUAUUCGUAGAAUUUUACGUAUGGUGCAAUUGCUCUUGCAUACUUUUAAAAAUCUACAAACAGAGCAUUUUACAUAGAGCGAGAAAAAGCAAGCACAUGCGAGCGAUGAACUUUCAUUUACUUGAGCCAAUACAAGUCUUUUUGAGUUAGUAUUAUUAAGAAGAAAACAAUUUUUGUUAUUGGGCAAGUCUUUUUUACAUUAUAAUAAUUAUUUAUUAGUUUAGCACUACUGUCUAUACAAUCGUUUCUUAUGUUGUUAUUUUUGCAAAUAUUUCACGGGUUUUCUUAAAUGUAUUCCAGAUUUCUCAACACUUUUACUUACACAAAGUCCAUCAAUUUACAUAACGUGUUAUUCAUUGCCUUCCUUUUAUAUAAUAUAUUUAAAAUAUGUCUCAUGCAAUAACAUGAUAAAUGACUGAUGACCUUUUUUAUGCUAAGAAAUAUUCGUACAAAGCUUCAAAUUGAUAUGUAAAAAGGAAAUUAGUCGCUAUGUUUACAUUUAUAUUUAUUCUAAAGAAAAGUAAAUUGCACGCUUGUAUUGGAGAUAGGAGAUCAUGAUUGUUAAACGGUACUUAUGUUUUUUUUCCAUUUUGUUUCGAACUAGCAGCCUGUUUUAAAAACAAUUAAAAAUUUUAGGCUGGUCCUACACAAAACCUACGGUACAAAUUAUUAUUAUUAUUCUCUACAUUGUACAGCAGUUGUAGGUACAGUUUUUUGUAAUCAUGUACGUUUUAUACAAUUAAUUUGGUAAUAAAAUUUUUAAAUAGAUUUA